GGUAUUGGGUUGUUAGAAUGUGAAACAAAGAAAUCACAAAUUAUACGGCAUACAGAUAGUAAAAAACCAAAGAAUCGUCUUCAAUUGUAUUAUACCUUUUUUCCUGAGUUGGUUCAAAUUCAAAUGUAUUUAGAAGAUUUUUCUUUAUGCAAAAUACAUUAUAAUCAAUUAAUUGCAUCUGAUUUUUUACGUCAACUUCUUUUAAGUUCAAAUUUGCCUAGUACUAGUAAUCGACGUG